CGCCCGCGAGCUCCGGGCGCCAUUUUGGAUUCGGCUGUUUGAGCGGUGGGAAGAGGGGACCUCCGUGUUAGCCGCAGUUCUCUGACGGAGUCUUUGGUGGCGACGAGGAGUACCGGGGCGAGGACGGCGACCGCGCAGGACUGAGGAGAGCUUCUUCCCGGGGCCGCCGCAGCCGCAAAGGUGGAGCCGCGUCGGCGCCCGCCGCGGGACCAGCGUCUCGGAUGCGGGCGGAGCGCGGGGGGCCGAGGCGGCGGGAGCGCGAAGCGGGGGCCCCGGGGGCCCUCAUGUGAGAGCCGCGGGACCAGCGGCCGCCGUCCCCGGAGCUCGGGGAGGUGCAUGGGGGAAGCCGCCCCCGGCAGCAGUAGGAUGAAACGAGGAGGAAGAGAUAGUGACCAUAAUACAUCUGAAGAAGGUACUGCAGAGAAAUCAAAGAAACUGAGGACUACAAAUGAGCAUUCUCAGACUUGUGAUUGGGGCAAUCUCCUUCAGGACAUUAUUCUCCAAGUAUUUAAGUAUUUGCCUCUUCUUGACCGGGCGCAUGCCUCACAAGUUUGCCGCAACUGGAAUCAGGUAUUUCACAUGCCUGACUUGUGGAGGUGUUUUGAAUUUGAACUGAAUCAGCCAGCUACAUCUUAUUUAAAAGCUACACAUCCAGAGCUGAUUAAACAGAUAAUUAAAAGACAUUCAAAUCAUCUACAAUAUGUCAGCUUCAAGGUGGACAGCAGCAAAGAAUCAGCUGAAGCAGCUUGUGAUAUAUUAUCACAACUUGUGAAUUGCUCUUUAAAAACACUUGGACUUAUUUCAACUGCUCGGCCAAGCUUUAUGGAUUUACCAAAGUCUCACUUUAUCUCUGCACUGACAGUUGUGUUUGUAAACUCCAAAUCCUUGUCCUCGCUUAAGAUAGAUGAUACCCCAGUAGAUGACCCAUCCCUCAAAGUGCUGGUGGCCAACAACAGCGAUACGCUCAAGUUGCUAAAAAUGAGCAGCUGUCCUCAUGUUUCUCCAGCAGGUAUCCUUUGUGUGGCUGAUCAAUGUCAUGGCUUACGAGAACUGGCCCUGAACUAUCACUUAUUAAGUGAUGAGUUGCUACUGGCUCUAUCUUCUGAAAAACACGUUCGCUUAGAACAUCUGCGCAUUGAUGUUGUCAGUGAGAACCCUGGACAGACACACUUCCAUAGUAUUCAGAAGAGCAGCUGGGAUGCUUUCAUCAAACAUUCACCUAAAGUCAAUUUAGUGAUGUAUUUUUUCCUAUAUGAAGAGGAAUUUGACCCAUUCUUUCGUUAUGAAAUACCUGCCACUCACCUUUACUUUGGGAGAUCAGUAAGCAAAGAUGUACUAGGCAGAGUGGGAAUGACAUGCCCUAGACUAGUUGAACUAGUAGUGUGUGCUAAUGGAUUACGACCCCUUGAUGAAGAGUUAAUUCGCAUUGCAGAACGUUGCAAAAACUUGUCAGCUAUUGGACUAGGGGAAUGUGAAGUAUCAUGUAGUGCCUUUGUUGAGUUUGUGAAGAUGUGCGGCGGCCGCCUGUCUCAAUUAUCCAUUAUGGAAGAAGUAUUAAUUCCUGACCAGAAGUAUAGCUUGGAGCAGAUUCAUUGGGAAGUUUCCAAGCAUCUUGGUAGGGUAUGGUUUCCAGACAUGAUGCCCACUUGGUAAGGACCUCAUAAUGUUGAACGUGAUGAAUAGCACCUUAAUGUUAAGCAAAUGUAUUAAAGUUUAUUUCCUAUAGUUCUGAUAUAAUUUUAUUCUUUUGUAGCACAGAAAUUUGAUAUCUUAAAUAUACUGGUAUGAUUGUUAUAAGACCUACAAAUCAGUUAUGGUUAGAAAACUCCAUCUGUUUCUUUAGCCUAAUAGUCAAACCUGAAAAAUAUAAACAUGUGGUUUCAUAUUUGAAAGUAAUAACCAGUUACAAAGAUUGAACAGUUGAUAAUCUGAAGGAAACAAAACCUAUGUAUUAUAAUAUCUUAGAAGUUGAGUACCAAUAGGUUUUCUGAAAUGUUCUCUAUGCAUUUUUUUAAAAAUGUAAACUUGACAUUUUAGGGUCUUCAGUUAUAAAUACACCUGUUAUAAGGUGUUUAAUAUAGCUCAGGAAAGUGAGCAUUUUGUGAGAAAAACUUAGCUUAUAUUGUAUCUAUUGGAAAAGAUUAGUUGAAUGUAUUCAAAUGUGAAACACUUAUUUAAAAACACAGAGGCUUAUUUAGCUAAUUGGAACCUUUAGAAAACUUAUUCACACAUGGUUAUUAUAGAAGGGUAAUAUGGAGCCAAGAUCAAAUAAAGAGAAAGUAAAUGGAAUGGAAGGCAGUGUUUAGUUUUGUAUAAACUUUUAGGUUUCCUCUGUAAUCUGCUAAACUAUGUAAAUUCUUUUCUGUGACCUGUUACUAUGUAUAUGACACUUGAAGCAUUUUAUGUAAAGUAAGGAAUACUUAACCAGUUUUCUUAUGUUUUAUCUUUGUUUAAACUAGUUUUUAAGUAUUACAUAAUAAUUGAAAUUAAAAUCUUAACUACUUAAAAAAGCCAAAUUGAGAUAAUUAAAGUUAGAACUUUUAAAAUGCUUAUAAAUUGUUUCUAUGAAAGAAUUAGUCUCCAGUGAAUUUUAGUGAUGGCUCAUUUUUCCAUUUUAGAAUUACAUAGUCAUAUAAAUAGAACUUUUAAAAAAGCAAAAAAAUGGAGCAUCUGCAUAGUUCAACAUAAACAAAUUAAAAUGAAGUUAAAGUCUUGAGUCAUAUUUUUGAGUCAGUAUUGCACAGUGAAUUGAAAAAUUUUAAUAGGAAAAUGUCGACAGUUUUGUGGUGACUCAAACUGAUAUAUUAUGUAAGGUAGGUAGCAUUUUGUAUUGCUCUCAUGAAUAAAGAAAAAAAUCUCUGCAUCCAUUUCAAUCUGUACAUACAAAGUACUAAGUUUGGGGCUAUAUUUAGGUUUCUUAAAGAUAUAUAAUUUGGUUCUCAGAACUAGUUCUAGUGGAUAUACUCUCUUCUAUAUUCUCUUCUGAGGGAAAUUAGAAGUUGUUUUAAUGUAUUCCAGUGGAAUAUAUUAAUGCUUGAUAUGGCUCUCUUUAGUAGUAUGACUUUUAGAAAGUAUUUUGGUAAUUAAAUGGAAGCUAACAAUCUUAAAAUAGAGGACCUUCCUAACAAUAGGAAUUCCCAGGCUUCUAUGGCUCAUGCAUAAUCCUGGCUAUUCAGGAUACCUGGAAGCUUGAGAUUCAAAGCCAGUCGGGGCAGAAAAGUCUGAGAGACUCCCAUCUUUUCUUAAGUAUCAACAUUUGUGACUGGAGCAAUGACUCAAGUCGUAGAGCUUGAGCUGUGAGCAGUCAAGCUGAAUUAAAGUUGAUGCUCUGAGUUCAAGCCCUUGUACUGGCACCAAAACAAAGUUAAAAAAGGAAAAAAAAGAAGGUAAUACUGGUUUUGUAUACAUGAUUUAUACUUUUCAAAAAUGAUGGUAUAUUCUACCUUUCAGCUGCACAGAAAUGAGAAAAAGGCUGCACUUGAAAAUUAAAUGCAGUUACCGUAUUUCCCCUUAUUAAAUAGUAAAACACUUCAUAAAGAAAUACUUGUACUAGUGGAUAAGUCUUUUUGAAUAACUUUGGAAAUAGAUUUGACAGUAUAUACAACCAGUUCUACUAACCAAAGUUUAUUUGAAAAUUUACUUUUUGUACAAAUUGAAUUAUAUAAUGUCUGAAACUUGUCACUUUAUAAACAAAAUAUAUAGCACUUAAUUUGUUUAUACUGUAAAGUAUAUAUAAAAUGCUUUUAUCAAAUUGAGAAUAAAGAUAAUUACUGUAA